AUGCGUGGUGCUCACUGUUGGACUGAUCACAGGCUUGUUGUUAUGAAAUUAAAUCUUCGUCUUCCACGUCCUUGUAGAUCUGAAAGAUCUAAACAGAUACGUCUGAACCUUGAACGACUCCAAGAUACUAACACGAGGGCUAAAUAUGCCGAAACCUUAAGCACUGCUCUGCAGCCCCUUGACCUAAAAUCAGGUGAGAUCAAUACUGUCUGGGAGUCUCUAUCGUCUCAUGUUCUCGACACUGCUCAAUCUACUAUAGGUUCGAGAUUUCGAAAAGAUGAGGACUAG